AUGAGCGACCCCGCGCCGAGGCCGACGACGACGACGACGACGACGACGACGUUCGUGAAGCUUCAACAGACGGUGGACGAGCUCGAACGCGAACUUGAGACCGCAGAGAGUCGAUUAAAAACGCGCCGGAGCGAUAUCGUCACGCUCGAGGAGAAUUUGGACGCGGAGCGCGCGCUCGCGAAGCGCCUCAGAGGCGAGUUUGCCGACGUCUUGGCGGAGAUUGCGACCACUAAGGCGGCUUUGAUGAAGUCGAACUUCGAAAUCGAGGAUGUGUUGCGCGAGAUCGAACCGCAUCGCCGACACUCGAUCGGUGAACCAUCGCCAGGGGCGCCAGAGACGAUCGAAGAAACCGACGCCGAGGCGCCGGAUCCCGAGCGGCGCGCCGCCUCGCGACGCGCCGCGCGGCUCGCGGCGUGCGAAGAAGGCUUCGAGCGCGAAAAGGCGCGCACCGCGGACUUUUUGAAGUCACUUCGCGCGUACGAGAAUCGUCUCCAGGCUGAGCGUCGACGCGACGCGCUUCAGCGCGCUCGUUGA